AUGCAUACUGAUGGGGCAUCUAAUUCCCAAGGGGCUGGUAUUGGCAUCGUGUUAGAGGCUCCCUCAGGCCUUAAAAUCGAGGAAGCCAUUCGUUUAGAGCAAUCCAUGACGAAUAAUGAAGCGGAAUAUGAGGCUCUGAUCUAUGGUUUAGAACUAGCACGAGACAUGGGCAUCCAGCGUCUGAAUGUAGAAGAACUAUGUGACACAUACAAGAUCAAGCUGAGCUUUGCCUCUGUCACUUACCCACAAGGCAACGGUCAAGCAGAAGCUUCCAACAAAUUUAUCUUUGCCAACAUUAAGAAGAACCUAGAAGAUAAAAAAGGAGCAUGGGCAGAAGAACUACCAAAAGUGUUAUGGGAAAAUAGGACAACAAAAAGAUCCUCUACGGGAGAAUCUCCCUACGCCAUGGUAUAUGGAACAGAGGCUAUUAUCCCAACAGAAGUGGGCCUACCUACACUUCGAACAGAGAUCGCAUUUGAUCAAACAACAAACAACAUUCAACUACUGCACAACCUAGACCUUUUGGAAGAAGUACGUACGGUAGCACAAUUACGACUAGAAAAUUAUCAAAGGCUGCAGAACGCUACUACAACAAAAGAGUCCACUCACGCACAUUUCGAGAAGGUGAUUGGGUUCUGCGCAAGGUCACAGGCAAUAAGAAGAAGCUAG